AUGAAAUUGACUAUACGAAGAGUGUCUUCAAGAGAUUUUUCGUCGUACCGCUGCGUCGCCAAGAACUCUCUCGGCGAGACAGAUGGGCUUAUCCGACUUGACGAAAUUCCCGCUCCCUCGACUACAAGCACCACUGACAAUUACGUGCCCACUUAUCCUCAAAAGAAGAAAGGUAAACAUAAAAAUCGUUGGCGGGAUAGCUCUGCCGAGAAUAGAGUCAUAGGAGAUUACGAGGUGGAAGAAUGGAAAGAUGUCGAUUAUGAGUCGACUCAGUCUUCCCGGUCGCCGUCCAGUCGUGGAGCUCUAUUCAUCAUCCUCGGAGGUUUGAUCAUCGCCAGCUGA